AACCAAAAACUGAAUGACACGACGUCGUUUUAUGCGUGUCAAAGAGAGAGAAGCAGAGAGUGAUUCUUUGCGUCACCUCUUACUCCAUCGUAACCUGUGACCCUUUUGCUUCUCUCCGCCACCACCACCACCUCAUCACCUUCUUCUUCUUCUUCUCUCUCUCUCUCGAGAAAGAGAUUUUCCGUCAAUUUUCUUUAAAAAAGAAAGAAAAUAAAAGCAAAGAAAAAUAAAUACAAGUUUCAGAUACAGAACUUCAUCUAAUCCUCUGUUUUUUUUAUAUAAUACGGAACAAACACUGCAUCUCUCUCUCUCUAUCUCUACAGAGUAAAGUUCUGAUCGUGUCUCCUAUCGCUUACCUCAAAACCCAUCUCGAUCUCCUUUCUUGUUCUCUUCUGAACUUCUCAGGGUUCAAUAAAAAACCUUCCUUUAUACCGAAGAUUGUUCUCAACUCAAAGCAUGUAUCUUUAGACUAGUGAUAGUGACUGUAAUUUGUAGAAAAGGAUUUGUUUUUUUUGUUUUGUUAGCUGUUAAUGUGAAGAAAGAUUAGAACUUUGUGAGAUGGGUAAUAAGCUAGUGGGAAGGAGGAGGCAAGCGGUGGAAGAAAAGUAUACAAAGCCACAAGGUUUGUAUGUGAACAACGAUGUCGACAUUAAAAAGCUUAGGAAACUGAUUCUAGAGUCUAAGCUUGCUCCUUGCUACCCUGGAGAUGAUGAAAGCUGUCAUGAACUCGAAGAAUGCCCCAUUUGCUUUCUGUACUAUCCUAGCCUCAAUAGAUCAAGAUGCUGCAUGAAAAGCAUUUGUACAGAGUGCUUUUUGCAAAUGAAGAAUCCUAAUUUAGCUCGGCCUACUCAGUGCCCCUUUUGUAAAACACCCAACUAUGCUGUUGAGUACCGUGGAGUAAAGAGCAAGGAGGAGAAGGGCAUUGAGCAAGUUGAGGAGCAACGAGUUAUAGAAGCCAAAAUAAGGAUGAGGCAGAAAGAAAUGCAGGAUGAUGAAGAGAAAAUGCAGAAACGUUUGGAAUCAUGUUCCUCUAGCACAAGCGCAAUGGCUGGUGAAGUUGAAUAUGGUUCAGCUUCAGCUAUGUCUUAUAAUUCUCCUAUGGAAGAUGCAGAAACUGCUUCAUCUCAGAACACAUCAGUUAGACAGCGAGGAAGCAGGGAUGAUGUCGACCUUGAAGAGUUAAUGGUUAUGGAAGCAAUAUGGCUCUCCAUUCAGGAAACAGAUAUGCAGAGAAGUUCAGGUAGUGGAGAAAUGGCACCUUGUAGUCAGUAUGUAUCAGAAGAAGAACCAGCAAUGCCGUCUUCAUCGUCUUCUUGUGCAAUCUCUGCACUUGCUGAACGCCAGCAAAUGGUUGGUGAAUCCUCCAAUCACAAUCACAACGUCAACGUUUCCUUAUACACUAUGCUUCCUGGCAACUGCGACAGUUACUACGGCAUAGAACAAGAAGUAGACGACAUUGACCAUCACCAUAAUCAUUACCAUAACAACAGUGAAAUGGAAGAAACAGGGAGCAACAGCUAUGUAAGCUCGUACAUGAACGGAGAGACCUUCCACAACUUUCCUCCUCCUCCUCCUAUGGUCAUUGUUCCAGAUAGUUUUGAAGAGCAGAUGAUGAUGGCUAUGGCUGUGUCGUUGGCAGAGGUUCAUGCCACGACCACAAGUGCACCAACUGAAGUUAGUUGGCAAUAAAAUAGUGUAGUAAUGGAAACUCAUGGUAAUCACUUCAUUCAUAUAAUGUCUGUUUUUAUAGGAAGAAAGAAAAAAAGAAAAGAAAAAAAAAACAGUUUUUAUAGAAAAUUGUUGGGUUGUGUUCAAAAGUUUCUUUAUGUCAUUAAAUCUCUGCGGUUCUUUC